GAAUUAUUCCGAUCGGUCCAGUAAACGACGCUCCUAUUAGAAAAUUUUACAAUUUUACGAUAAUGCAAAGAUUUAACUGGGCAUUAGCUGAUGGCUGAGACCGGGCCAGUGCGAUUGUGUGGUUAAUGAUGGAGACGGAGUCUGUAAGGUCUGAACUGAGUAGCCGGUCGCGGCGGAGUUCCAGGCACAGAUCGCACACCCAUCGGAGCACCCGGAGUUCAAAGUCACAGAGAAAAGAAUCCAGCGAUAUGGCACCAUUCCAAACAAGUGUAAAUAUCAACCCUGAAAUGGGCAGAGAUGGUCAGGAAGUGAUAGAAGUUCAAAUCCUACCCCAAGACGAAAAUUGGGGAGAAAAUACCACUGCUGUGACAGGAAACACUUCAGAAGGCUCUCAGUCUAUGGAAGAUGUCAGUAACUGGCCCAUGGAGUCUGAUAGUGGAAUUGGAUUUGUCUGUUCCAGAUAUUUUGGAACUACCAUUGCACUUGGCCUAUCAUUUGUAUCAUUUGUGAGCCCUCUUGCUAUGGUAGUGCUGCCAAAAAUUGGAUUCUUUCCAGGACUAACAGAUAACAUAGCAAUACAACCAAGCCAAAGGAUACAGCUGCUCUCGUGCACUGCUGAAUGUAAAGGAAUUCUGCUAUCAUUAGCAUUUAAGUUAGUUUUGCUAGCCAUUGGAGUUUGGGCGGUGUUUUUACGGCCCCGCAAUGCCAUUCUGCCUCGAAUAUUUGUAUUCCGUGCAAUGACUUUAGUCAUUCUGGCAGUUUGUAUAUUUUCAUAUUGGCUGUUUUAUAUAGUGCAAAUUACUGAAGCAACAAAAGCUUUAGCAGUGGGAGAAGAGGCCAUAGAUUAUAAUUCUUUAGUUUCCUAUGUAUCAAGUUUUGCUGAUACUUUACUUUUUAUACAUUAUAUAGCUGUAAUAUUGAUGGAGAUUAGGCAUUUAGAGCCUGUGUACUAUAUUAAAAUAGUAAGGAGUCCUGAUGGUGAAAGCAGGUCAUAUGCUAUCGGACAGUUAAGCAUUCAAAGAGCUGCUGUCUGGGUGUUACAGAAGUAUUACACAGAGUUUCCGAUUUAUAACCCAUAUUUGGAGAAGAUAUCUAUAUCAAAAUCACAGAGGAAAGGGCAGUCAAGCAUCAAGUUUUAUGAUGUGGAUGGGUCCAAUACAAAUGCACCUUCGGGACAAGCCAGGUCUACGACCGGGUCUUGCACGGGCAGCGCGAGAGGCCGGCGCGAUUCGGGCUCGGCGCACAACGAGCGCUACUACGAGGAGGCGGAGCGCUCGCGGCGCGUGCGCAAGCGGCGCGCGCGGCUGCUGUGCGCGGCCGAGGACGCCUUCGCGCACGUGCGCCGCGUGCGUCUGACCAGCGCCAACGGAGGCGCGCUAGGUCCGCGUGAAGCGGCACAAGCGGUGUUCCCGUCACUCGCGCGUGCGCUGCAGAAAUAUCUGCGCGCCACGCGACAGCAGCCCAGGCACUCCGCCGACUCCGUAUUAGCGCAUCUAGCCCGCUGCCUAUCCCAAGACGCGUCGCCGCGAGCCUUCCUAGAGCCUUUCUUCGUAGAAGGCCCGGUCCUAUCAGCUGAACAGGAGUCGCGGCCUCUGCAGCGCUGGGCUCUUAUCUCUGACGAACUUCUAGCAAGACCUCUGGCUUCUUCCGUGGAAUUCCAGCUAAGGCAAGGUGACGUGUCUUUAAUAUGCUCUAUCAAACAGCUGCCCAAGUUUAGUCUGUCUGAGGAAGUGGUUGACCCCAAGAGCAACAGGUUCAUCUUGCGGUUAAACUCCGAGACGUCAGUCUGACAGGAGGGCAGCGCCCGCGACGGCCACAGAUUCGUAUGACAGUUGGACUUUAUUUAGUUGGGUGGAAGUGAUGACUCGGCCACGACUGAAAAGCUAAGGCUGGUGUGUAAGGGCGCAGAAUCGAAUCGCAUUUCUUUUGUUUCAAUAAAGGCCGUGGAUUUACG